AUGAGUAUGUGGAAGUGCGAAAACCGAGCCCUGAGCGAAAUGUGGGAGGCAACAGUUGUGAAAUGUUGGAUGGAGAGCACAUGCGGCGAGCAAAUUGGUGCAAAGAGCCAAACGAACAGGCAGACGUUGCACGGCGUUGAACGGCCGCGGCCCUGGCCAAAUGUAUGUGUCGAGGGAAGGUGGCCAUCGAGAAGAGAAGACCAGAAAAUCGGGAGAAAUCGCAGUCGGGCGGGGCGAGGCGAGCGCGGGCCGUCGGAUGGCGAUCGGGCAGCGCGCCGGGAGAGGGGCGCCUUUGAGCUCGUGAAUGAGGAUUCCACACGUGGACUGGUCCUAGGCGAGGCCGCAAGGGACAGAGAACUAUUAGCGCAUUUUCCUGAGGGCGGAAAAUCUGAAAAGUCGAGGGCCCGGCAAAUUGGUGGCUCGCUUGCUGUUGCGGAGAAGGCGAAGGUUUUGUUUGGCUCGCGGGAGGGGGGGGGGCAGGCCGGAGCAGGAGGAAGAGGAGGAGGAAGGAGAGGAGGGGGCGAGGAGGAGGAGGGAGGAGGAGGAGGGGCCGGGCAAGGAAGUGAAAGCGGGGCAGCGCCGGGGCAGGAGGGCAGCGCAGGGCAGGGCAGGCCGGGCCGAUCGCGAGCGAGCGAGGGAGCAGGAGCAGCAGUGCUGAGCAAAGACUUUCCAUCCCUCGCCUCCUUGAUCUCGUUCUUUUAUCGUCUGUUUGCCCUAGAACCAUCGUUCAGCUCUCCCAUCCUCUGCUCUCGGCUGCUCCGUCAAUCGGUGAGUGCCUGCGCCUGGUCGCGUCCGGUUGGGCUCUGUGGUGAUUGUCCCCCGUCUGCGCGCUGCCAUUCGAGUAUUCAUAGUGCUUUCUAA